CGCCCGUUUGCCUCCCAGUCACCCCGGCUAGUUUCCUUGCCCUUUCCCACUCUAAUUCUUUCCACUUUCUCGGGAAAGUUAUAUAAUACGGGAAGGGAAAGUUAUGUAAUAACGGGAAGGAAAAAAACUACUGAAAUUGAGUCGAAGCGAUGGGGCUGACUUUUUUUUUCCCGGUUUUAGCCAAGGUCUUCAAUGUUUUUGCCUGGCCUUCAUUUGCUCUGAUCUACCCCUUAUACGCUUCAAUUCAGGCUAUUGAAAGUGAUUCCUACUUCAAGAAUGAGCAAUGUCUCACUUACUGGAUUUUGUUUUCUCUGGCCAGAAUGUUGGAGUUGGUGUUUGCAAAGCUUCUCCAAUGUAUUCCAUUCUGGCCACAUGCAAAAGGAGUGGCUACCUUCCUGUUGGUGAUACAUUACUUUCAGGGUGCUUCUUAUGUCUACAAGCACUUUGUAUCGCCAUCUAUGUCCGGAAACUUACAAAUAUGUUGCAUCUUUUCGAUCCUGAGGAAAAAGGAUGACAUAUGGAGUGAGCCUGACAACUUUCUUGAUGCAGCAGAAAGAUAUAUUGAAGAGAAUGGACCUGAAGAAUUGGAGAAACUCCUCAUUUGCCAGGAAAAUCAUGAACCAUAUUAUCACACUACAGAAAGGAAUCUUACCUUGUCAACCAGUCCAAUGAAAGCUCAAAGGGAGUGGAGCUGUGCCCUUUGUCUGAUAACAACAAGCAGUGAGAAACAUUUAAAAAACCACCUCCAGGGGAAGGAGCACAAGGCCAAAGAAGAAGAAGAAGAAAGAGCGAAUGAACUGGUGAGAAAGACCAAAGUUAAGUCUUCUUUAACACUGGACAGUAAUGAUCCGAUGGUUUUGCUCAACAACUUCAAUGGCAUUGCAUUGCUCAACCUUGAAAGAUUGCACAACUUGCUAACUCCUGUUGCCAGAUCGAUUAGAUGGUAUAGCUGGGAAAAACCAGAGUUUGGAUGGACCAAAUUAAAUACUGAUGGAUCUAUAGAUCGAGAAAAUGCUGGUUUUGGUGGUUUGCUUCGCAAUUACAAUGGUGACCCAAUCUGUGCUUAUGUCUCUAAAGCUCACCAGAAUGAUAUUUUCUUAGUUGAACUAUGGGCUAUAUGGAGAGGCCUUGUUCUUGCCUCUGGUCUGGGGAUCAAAGCAAUCUGGGUUGAGUCUGAUUCAAUGAGUGUUGUGAAAACCAUCAACAAAAAGCAGCCAUAUAGCUCAAGAGCUGGUAGCUGUUUGAAUCACAUCUGGGUACUUCUAGAGAAGUUUGAGAAAUACCGAGUUUCACACACAUGGCGUGAAACCAACAAAGCAGCUGACUUUCUUUCAAGGAUGGAUCUUUCUGGAAGUGAUGUAGUUCUAGGGACAGCUGACUUUCCCAAUGCCCUUAACAGUAUUAUCAAGGAUGAUGCUGAAGGAAGGAUGUAUCGUAGAGGGUAACCUCUGACCCUGCUUAGCCUGAGAUUUAUCAUUUUCAAAAUUAAAAAUUAAAAAUUUGGAAGAAAAGAGAGAGAUAUGUAUUGUUUAGAUGAAGCAGAAUGCAGAAAACUUGAAUUGAAGCAACCAGGACUGCGAUCCAUAGAAAGAAGUAAAGGAGAUGGGGAAAAAUGGUAUCUGGUACAAUUACACGGUUUUUUGGAUCAGGGGUUCAUGGAAGGAAUAGAUCUAAUUCUACUGGUUGCUUUGCAUAUCAACAACACUGCAGUAACCUUUUUUUUUAGUGAGAUUAUGGAGUGUUUUUCUGUACUUGGAUAUCCAUGCUCCACAAACCAGUGGUUGAUUAAGUUAUUCUUCCAUUCCUUAGUUGUCGAGUUA